CGAUCCAUAAACAUUUGCGUCAAUAUAAACCACUUCACCCCAACACCACAAAAUGUCACGAUAUAUAUAAACUCAUGUUCCUCUCACAGCCUCUAUCUCUUCGUUGCAGAAGCAAAACAAUUUUAAUAAAGAUGAUAAAAAUUUGCGUUUGAAGAGGGCAGGUCAGUCUGUUAAGCUGGUGAUUCUGGAAGUUAUUUCUUUGACCUCGGUUGUUCAGCUGUUUAAAGAAUGGCUCCGAAGCCUUUAGAUUAUGAAAAUAUUAAUGAGAAUGUGAAGAAGGUUCAAUAUGCUGUGAGAGGGGAGCUCUAUCUGCGGGCCUCCGAGCUUCAGAAGGAAGGAAAAAAGAUCAUCUUUACAAAUGUCGGUAACCCCCAAGCAUUGGGCCAAAAGCCUUUGACAUUCCCACGUCAGGUUAUUGCUCUGUGUCAAGCUCCAUUUCUGAUGGAGGAUCCUAAUGUGGACCUUCUGUUCCCAGCCGAUGCGAUUGCAAGAGCCAGACAUUAUAUUGCAAUGACAUCAGGUGGUCUUGGUGCCUAUAGUGAUUCACGAGGUCUUCCAGGAAUAAGAAAGGAAGUUGCUGAAUUUAUUGAAAGGCGUGAUGGAUAUCCAAGCGAUCCAGAGCUGAUUUUCCUCACAGAUGGUGCUAGUAAAGGAGUUAUGCAGAUUCUUAAUACUGUCAUCUGCAAUGAAAAUGAUGGGAUUUUAGUUCCGGUUCCACAGUACCCUCUUUACUCGGCAACAAUCUCGCUGUGCGGUGGUUCGCUUGUACCAUAUUACUUGGAAGAGUCUGCAAACUGGGGCCUUGACAUUGGCCAACUAAGGCAGUCAGUUUGGGAAGCACGUCAUAAGGGAUUGACUGUUAAAGCCAUGGUGAUUAUAAAUCCAGGGAAUCCAACUGGUCAGUGUCUAAGCGAAGCUAAUAUCAAGGAAAUCUUAGAAUUUUGUUACAUAGAGAAUCUGGCAUUGUUAGCAGAUGAAGUAUAUCAACAAAAUAUUUAUCAGGAUGAGCGACCAUUCAUUAGUGCAAAGAAGAUGUUGAUGAGUAUGGGCUUACCUUUCAGCAAAGAAGUCCAACUUGUGUCAUAUCAUACUGUUUCAAAAGGAUACUGGGGUGAGUGUGGGCAACGCGGAGGUUAUUUUGAAAUGACAAACAUUUCUCCAAAGACAGUUGAAGAGAUAUAUAAAGUGGCAUCAAUAUCUUUAAGUCCUAAUGUACCAGGACAAAUAUUUCUAGGAUUGAUGAUGAAUCCACCAAAACCAAUUGACAUCUCAUAUGCACAAUUUGUUUCAGAAAGCAAGGCAAUACUUGAGUCACUGAGGAGAAGAGCUCAAAUAAUGACUGAUGGAUUCAAUAGUUGUCGGAAUGUUGUCUGCAAUUUCACAGAAGGGGCCAUGUAUUCAUUCCCGCAAUUAAAAUUGCCACCGAAAGCUAUAGCAGCUGCAAAGGAGGCUGGAAAGGCUCCAGAUGUAUUUUACUGUCUCAAAUUGCUAGAGGCCACAGGAAUAUCUACUGUACCUGGUUCUGGAUUUGGUCAAAAAGCAGGGGAUUUCCACUUGAGAACAACAAUAUUACCACCUGAAGAAGAAAUGCCUGAGAUAAUGGCCAGUUUUAAGAAAUUCAAUGAUGAGUUCAUGCAAAAGUAUGAAGGUUACUCAUGGUCAAGAAUGUGAAGAGAUACUGUUUCUACUUUAUUUAAGUUUUAACCAUUCCUGUGGCAUUACUUCAUAUGGUUUGAUUUGCCUGCCUAGUAUUUAAGUAAUAUUGUUAACCAUUGACCACUUAAUUUGCAUUGCUUGCUCAACUUUGGCAGCUUAUGUGAUUUUUCUGUCUAAAGUGUUUUAUAUUUCAUAUGCUUUUUCUAUUUUCCCACAAUAGACAACAGAUUGUAAAAAUGCAUCAUAUGCAGUAUAGUCUUACCAGACUUUUCUUACGUUUAUGGAGAAUUCAGUGACAAUAUUACUUACAAAAAAGAGAAUGCCAGUACCUACUUGAUUUGGUGAUCAAUAAUGCAGUUGUUGGAUCUCUUCA